ACCCAGCUGCUGCGUAAAAAAAGAGCAUCAUCGUCAUCAGAGCGAGAGAGAGAAACCCUGAGAAUGGAAGCGAGCAGCCGAUCAAGGGACCUCGAUAAGCUUCUCCUUCGCCCUGGCCAUCUCGUCUCCUCUGCUUUCGAACCUGGCACUCAAUUGAGGGAUGAUCUUCGAGAGUAUGCGCGGAUAUUAGUUGUUGGGGCUGGUGGUUUGGGAUGUGAACUCCUUAAAGAUCUCGCACUUUCCGGCUUUCAAAAUCUUGAAGUUAUUGAUAUGGAUACCAUUGAAGUUUCCAACCUUAAUCGCCAAUUCCUUUUCAGACUUGAGGAUGUUGGGAAACCAAAAGCAGAAGUGGCUGCUAAACGUGUGAUGGAAAGAGUCAGUGGCGUAAGUAUUGUGCCACAUUUUUGCCGUAUUGAGGACAAAGAACUUGAAUUUUACAGUGAAUUCAGUAUUAUUGUGCUUGGUCUCGAUUCAGUUGAAGCUCGAAGUUACAUUAAUUCUGUGGCAUGUGGAUUUCUAGAAUAUGAUUCUAAUGAUAACCCUCUAGAAGAGACAGUAAAGCCUAUGGUAGAUGGUGGCACUGAAGGAUUCAAAGGCCACGCUAGAGUAAUUUUACCUGGAACGACACCAUGCUUUGAAUGCACCAUUUGGCUCUUUCCUCCACAAGUGAAGUUUCCUUUAUGUACUUUAGCAGAAACUCCAAGAACUGCAGCUCAUUGCAUUGAAUAUGCUCACCUAAUAAAAUGGGACGAGGUCCACAGUGGAAAAUCCUUUGAUCCUGAUUGUCCUGAACAUAUGCAGUGGGUGUAUUCAGAGGCUGCCAAGAGAGCUGAACUUUUUGGGAUUCCUGGAGUCACAUAUUCUUUGACACAGGGUGUGGUGAAGAAUAUUAUACCUGCUAUAGCUUCUACAAAUGCAAUAAUAUCAGCUGCAUGUGCUCUGGAAACUUUAAAGAUAGCAUCAGGAUGCAGUAAAAUGUUAUCUAAUUAUUUAACGUAUAAUGGAGUUGAAGGUCUCCAUACUAAAGUGACAGAGUUUGUGAAGGACAAAGACUGUCUUGUUUGUGGUCCUGGCAUUUUAAUGGAGCUGGACACUUCAGUCACUUUGAAAAUGUUCAUCAGUCAACUUGAAGAUCAUCCAAAGCUACUCAUGUCUGGAGCGAGUGUGACCUACCGUGGGAAGAAUCUUUACAUGCAGGCACCUCCAAUACUAGAAGAAAUGACCAGAUCAAACCUCAGCUUACCAUUAUAUGACUUGAUGGACAAAUCUUCAUUAGGUAUUGUUCAUGUCAAUGGAACAGCCGGCAAGGUCGACAAGAGGCAAUCUGUUUUGAGAAAACUGCGUGUUGUCUUCAAGGGUGUUGAUGCAAUUACGGAUACGGACAUGGCUGGAGGAGCAUGAACAAUUAAUUUUGUAUUCAUUUUGGGCUGGUUGAAAUGAUAUGUUUUGUCUUUGGGAACAAGAAUGGCAUUCCCUUGGUUACAUGUUAUUUAUAUGGUAAGUAGAAAUAGUUAUGUAUUGCAACGUUUCUGAAACAUUUAACAACUCGGAAAGCCAUUUCUAUGUGAUAUCGACUUUGGGAACCAUAAUACGAAGGAUCAGUUGUUUUGCCGAGCCACCACUUGAUGCUCUAA